AACAAUAAAGAAGAGCAAGAGGGAGAAGGUCGAGGGAGAAUAUCAACCGUGGAAAAUAUCUAGCAGUUGUCCAUAUACUGCGAGAUCGAGAUCAUGACAACUGCAGCUCAGUCUCACAGUACCCUGCCCAGGGAGGGGCCUCAGUUGGAAGAUGAGACUGUUGCAACAUCAGCAAGUAUAAUGGCAAGAUCCAAUGAUCAAUGUGAAGUCUGUGGUGCUCCUGGCAUUCCUUGUCACCCAAGUUUACAGCUACAGGCCAUGUAUGCCUUGAUGGGCACUGCAACUUUGGGCGCUCUCCUCUGUGCGCAAUGUGCCAAACUGGCUGCACAGGCCUGUGAUUUGCAUACUCAACUGCAGGAGUUGGAUGACCAACUGAGACUUGUUCAUAUCAACAUGCUCUAUUGCCUUAUGGAACAGGGAGGCUAUGAUGGACUACAAAGAAGCAAAUUACAUGAGACUGAGAGACCUCAGGUAGAGAGAGGACCAUACACAGUCGAUUUGAUCUGUAGGCUCUGUGACGAACAGUUCAGCUCGACCUCUGCGCUGCUGACACACCUGAGGGUACAGCACGGCGCUGAUACACCCCACGGCCUCCAGCGCGCCACAGCACCGUGUGGACCAUGCACCGUGUGUCGCUGCGGCCGGACAGCUGCUCCGACCCCGGAGUACAGCCAGCCGCCCUCCAGGGACACCGUCGUACCGGAUCACAGCAGUGCUCGACCCGAUGCUGCCGGUCCCACUGCAGAGGGCACCACGGCCUGUCGCUCAGCUGCUGACGUGGAACCGGCGAACGCUGAGGGUUCACUCGCCUGCUCUGCCUGCCCGCAGCGAUUUACCAGCGCCGCUCAGCGCCGGCGGCACCAGCGACAGGCCCACCCGCUGCUGCUGAUCCACACCUGUCGACACUGCGGAAAACGGUUCCCGUCGCCCUCCAAGCUGCGGAUCCACGAGGACAGCCACGCGGGUGCGAGACCGCACGCGUGUGAGGUUUGCGGCCGCCGCUACCUUUCCGCCCAGAAGCUGCACGUGCACGCCCGCUCACACACCGGAGAGCGGCCUUUUGUGUGUCACAUGUGCGGGAGGACGUUCGCGUCGGCCGCUUAUCUGUCGCAGCACGAGCUGACCCACACCGGUCGUAGGCCGCACCAGUGUCACGUGUGCGGGAAACAGUUCACACAGAGGGGUACGAUGACCAAACACGUGCGCAAUGUGCACGGAACGCUGGUGGGACAGCGGACUGAUGUCGGGGCUGCUCAGGGAAUGUCAGGAGUGGUGACUCAAGGAGUGACGGUGAUGACGAACCUAUCCGGAGCUGGCGCUGGCUGCGCUCAGAAACUCGGCACAUGAACCAGCUGAGAAUGGAAAGCUAGUGUGGCUCCGGACAUUGUCUUAUUUAUUGGUUAUUUAAUUAUAUGCACUAUGCAGAGCCAGCCGUCUUAAGACUUUCUCUGGUCUGCUUUUCUACCGGCGGCUAAACCGUCGAUGAAUAUCCAUUUACUCAAUCCUAGCGUAUUUUCUUCUAGAGCCUAGACUACAGAGCAACGGCUGCCAUAGCCGAACCUCUGAGCAUCGCAAAACAUACUGGUCUCACUUCUCAGUCUCAAAAACAGAAUGGCCGUGGGCACACCCCGCCCGCACUGUGUUCACGACGCAUGUAUCUAUUUUUCUAUAGUGCUUAGGUACUUGUGCAGAUGCAGGGACCGAUGCCUUGGGUGUGGAUAUCAAUGGAUGCAUGCUGUAGCAGAGGUCAUGCGCUCUCUAACAAAUCCCAAGGCUAUCUGAAUACAUUGGAAUAUAUGA